AUGAUAUUACGGCAUGACAAAAUUGGUGGUGUUGGAAAAGUUGUCGAAAUCGACGAAUCAAAAUUUGGUAGACGGAAAUAUUAUAGGGGCCAUCGAGUAGAGGGGCAAUGGGUUUUUGGUGGAGUAGAGCGGAUAACAGGAAAAUGUUUUUUAGUACCCGUUGAAUGUCGGGACAAGGAGACAUUACUGACAUUAGUUAAAGAUUGGAUUUUGCCCGGUACAUUAAUCAUUAGUGAUUGUUGGAAAAGUUACGACUGUUUAAAAGAUGAGGGUUAUGAACAUUUAACGGUUAACCAUUCAAUCCAAUUUAAAAACCCUGACACCGGUGCCCACACGAAUAAUGUUGAGGGGAUGUGGCGUCAUGCUAAGGCAUCUUUAAGCCAGUACUCCCGGAAAAAAAACAUUUGUACGCCGGAUAUUUGGCCAAAAACAUGUUUUUGA